AUGAGAGCUACGUCAUCUGGUGCUGUUCCCCCUCCUCCCUCUUCUACAGGUGUUGAUACUGCUGAGACAUUGGGUACUACUGCUGCUGAUGCUGAUGUUCCUUCACUGACUACUUCAAAUGAUUCAGACAUUCAAUCUAUAUAUAUUGUAGAAGUUAUAAAUGAGCUCCAAGAUGAGCUCAACAUAUACUGGAGCUACUUGGGAUUAUCUUUGGAGAUGUUUCAAAGCUUGAAAUGGAUUUUUGUUAUUGGAAACAGCCAAUUAUCGAAUUUUUUAAGGCAUAUCGCUAAAGUGAGGCAAUUAUGGCAGAGAUGGAAUCUCAGGAGCUUUAUUCUCUUUAGCAUUGUGGUUCAGAUAUUUUUGCUUUUUACUGCACCCCUGAGAAAGGAAACGGCAAACAAAGCUUUCAUCAUUAUCAUCUGGGCAGCUUACCUGAUUGCAGACUGGGCUGCUGGCUUUGCAGUUGGACUAAUCUUUGACAGUGAAGAGAAAUAUACUGCCUCUGGUGCCAUCAAUAAUACUGUUAGUUUUCUUGUGACGAAGAACCAUGGUAUCUUUAGUACUGUCAGUUCCAGGACCAAGGAUGAUACUGGUCUUCUGCUGAUGUGGACACUUUUCUAUUGUUACUGGUUGGUGGCCAAGACAAAAUAACUUCUUUUGCUGUUGAGGAUAAUGAGUUGUGGAUUAGGCACUUGAUUUGGCUCUUGCUCCAA